AUGCCUUCCUGUCCGCUUCCCAGAGUAUCGCCUCCACCGGGAAAGGAUCCUGAAUCGAAACGAGAAAGUUUAACACACCUUUACAACGAGAAGGCGCUCAGAUACGGCAUUGUCUUCGACGAGCUCAUCCGGCAAGUGGCGGUGCACUCCAUGGCCCUGGCCACACUUGUUGGGAAGGCCUUCACGGGGCACCACGCCCUGCUCACUCGCCUGAUCAAGGUCCAUGAUGCCCGUGAGGGCCAGCUGCAAAAACUGCAGGAUCUGAACGCGCUGGCAAAACUCAUCGACGGGGUCCACUUCAUUAACUUCCUGAAGGGAAUAAAUAAAGAGGGCAGGAAGGCCAUGAGGCGCACCAAAGAGACCCAGACAAGGCCGACGCGCGACAAGAAGUCUGACAGCAGGCCGGGGACCGGCACUGGAGGCAAAAAGAGGCCCCCAAAAAAGACCAAGGGAUCUAAGACCGAGAUCCUUCCGCUAGAUUUGCGCAACAGCAUCGGGAUGGCCUCCGCCCCGAAAAAGAUACCCACCCUGGGGUAUAUGCUCCGCACGGUGUUAGACAUGAUGCUUGUGUGGAGUCGAUCGCUAGACACGCCGGAAUCUUUGUGCAAGAAGCCGGGGGGAAUGACCGAGAUCGCCAUCAAGCACUUCCAGCUCCUUCACGGCAUGGAGAAUACAACGAACUUGAUGCUGGCGCAGUUCGCGGCCGGUCUGGUUCACUUUGCGGACUACAAACGAUGCAAGGUCUUGGGAGAUUUACUCGGAGUGGACGACCCUGCCACCGGACCCCCUUUCGAUCACCGAUCGGCCUUGUUCCUCUACCGGUUCCUGGCGGAGCUAAGAACGGUCGGCGUUUUCAGCGAAGACAUCCUUCGAGAAAGGAUUAUCAAAAUUAAUCUCAAUAAAACCGCCGUGAGUGACGACCCAGAGCAGCGCUAG